AUGUCUCAACCUGAGAGCCUCGUCAUCGUCACUGGCGCAUCUCAAGGCCUGGGUGCCGCAUCGGCGGUCCGGCUUGCCAAAAUCUACUCGACGAUCGUGCUUGUCGCCCGCAACGAGUCGCUGCUGCGCAAGGUAGCGGCCGAGGUGGAAGUCGAGGGAGCCAAAACGCUCACAAUACCGGCAGAUUUAUCUCUCCCCGAAUCCGCCAAGGAAGUGGUGGCCAAGACAGUCGACAAGUUCGGGCGGAUCGAUGCCCUCUUCAACAAUGCCGGUUCCGUAAAGCCAAUCGACCUUUUCAAGCUGACCGACGAGCAGUGGAAUGCCGGGUUCGACCUGAAAUUGCACGGUGCGCGGCGCCUCACGAUCGAGGCCUGGCCGUAUUUGAAAGCCUCGAAGGGCGCCGUGCUGUUCAUGUCCGGAGUGGCGGCCGAGGCACCCAAAGCAGGCAAUGCAGCCGUGGCGGUCGUCAACUCAGCGGUCAAUGCUCUGUCAAAGGCGUUCGCUGACCGCGGCAUUGAAGAUGGCAUCCAGGUCAACACUAUACUGCCGGGGCCGGUCGAAACCGAGCGAUUGGUGACCAUGGCGACGCAAGUUGCGGAAACGAAAGGCAUUCCUCUCGAAGAGGCUAAAGAGAAUAUGCGCAAGUCGAUGGGUAUCAGUCGCUUCGGAAAGCCCGAGGAGAUCGCAGAGCUCGUCGCCUAUUUGCUUUCACCUUCUGCGCGUUGGAUGACGGGCUCAGCGGUCAGGAUUGAUGUAUCGGAUAUUCCAUGGCAUCGCGGAGGUCAACAACGUGCGCACCUGAUUGCUGGCUACGGCACUAUCAGUAUGACUAUGAGCCAGGGCCGCCAAUUGAACCCUCAGCCAAUCGACAGCGCACUGUGGCACCCUCCAGGACCUACACGCCUAUCAGCCCGCAUCAAAUCCGGAUACUGCGUCAAAGUCCCGGUGAACCUGGCGAACAGAUACGGAUCAGACUCUACAAUGCAGAAUGCAGUGCUAACUAGUGGCGGAGCUGAGAUAGAUGGAACGCUCGUCACCUUUGAUGCUCUAUCUUGGAGUUGGGGGUCUAGUGGCAGGACAGAGACUAUUCUUUGCGAUGGAAGACCAACGGAGAUUCCAUACAAUGCUUACGCGGCCUUACAAGAGCUCAGAUACCGAGAAAGGAGCAGAUACCUUUGGAUUGACGCGAUAUGCAUCAAGCAGGCGGACGAUGGUGAGAAAUCUGAACAGAUCCAGAAGAUGUUCGGCAUCUACGCAACAGCCGAGACCGUCAUCGCGUGGCUAGGCAACGAGAGCGAAUGUGGUGGUGCCACAAUCGACUAUCUCAUACACUUCUCGUCCAAUGUCAUGCAUCAAUUGGGGUGUCUUGACGGACUCAAAGCCGUUUACCGUGGCUUGGAGAUCUUGGCGAGCAGACCGUGGUUUCGCAGAGUUUGGUCUGUCAAGGACCACCGCCAGACACUGCGUGAUAACGCAUUGAUUGCUUCGCUACUUGCCAAGAGGAACCUAGCAGACGACUCGAACUGGAUCUUGGACCGAAUUCUGCGCGGCGCCGGGUUUUUCAAGGCCAUGGACGAGAGAGACUACGUUUAUGGCGUCCUGAGCAUGACCGCUACGCUGACAACCAGUGUGAACAGACGCGGAAGCGCUGGACCUUCACGGGUGCCUGGCUUGGAUGGGCCUCCGGUAUCCAUCCUCACAGCUGAUCAAGCUCCGUGUCUCUCGGUUGACUACUCCCGCACAGUGACCGAGGUGUUUACUGACACGGCCGAAUAUGUCAUGCAGCUUCACGACUCUCUUGAUAUCAUCUUGUUUGCCUGUCAAACCCAAAGAAACCGGAUUGAACUUCCAAGUUGGGUACCCGACUAG